GCUGCUCACCUUCCACAUUGUUCCGUUGUGUGCCAUAAUGAACAAAGAAGAAGAGGAGCGGCCGUGCAGCUCCCCACGGCACUUGAGUUGUGUCAGUCCAUUGCUGCACACGAUGACCACAGAGCCUGCUAGCCUGGAGAGCCUGCAUGUGCUGUACCAGAGCGAUGACUACAUUGUGGUGGACAAGCACUGGGACAUCCGCAUUGACAGCAAGAUGUGGUACGAGAAACAAACUGUGCAGGCUCAACUUCGGCACCGCUUCCCUCAGCUGGCAGACCCAAGCACCUACUAUGGAUUCAGGUUCUGUCAUCAGUUGGAUUUCUCUACCAGUGGGGCUCUUUGUGUCGCCCUUAAUAAGGCUGCUGCGGGCCGGGCCUACCGCUGCUUCAAAGACCGCACUGUUACAAAAGCCUAUCUCGCCCUGAUUCGUGACUGGGUGGAAGAGCAGACGCAAACUCUGGACUUCCGCAUCGGCAAGAACUCCUCAGAGGGAAAAACACACAUGAUGUGUAUUGAGGGAACAGAAGGCUGUGGAAACCCCAAGCCUUGCCAAACUGAGCUGACAGUGUUGGAGUAUGGGUUGUAUGAUGGAGAUCCUGUGACCAAAGUCCUCCUGCAGCCGCUCACUGGCCGAACCCACCAGUUACGGGUGCACUGCAGCGCAAUAGGCCACCCCAUUGUCGGUGACUUCACCUACACCUUGGGGGCAGAUGACGCCCCGUACCGGAUGAUGCUGCACGCCCACCUGCUCCACAUUCCCCUGGAACCUCAGCCCCUGCUCGUCUCUGCUGGAGACCCCUUCCUUCCCGUGGUUGAUCCCAAGUGGCUCCCGCAGCGCACAUUACGCACACUGACGACCACCAUGGAGGCCCUGCUGGAGGGCAGUGUGGAGCACGACAGGAAGAUUAAAGAGGAGGAGAGAAAGAGAGCGAGGAGAGAGGAGGAGAGGAGGAAACGAAGCAAGGAACAGAGGACUGAGCAGGAGAGUGAGGAGCAGAGGAGGCAGUGUCAAGAGUGGCUGAGUGAAUGGGCCGGUGACUAAUGGAAGCUUUUUGUAUUAUUAUUUAUUUUAAUUUAUUUGAGCUAUUUACUUAUGAAGGCCACGUUGAGCACACGCUUCAUCUCAGUGGACCAGUAUCUUGAUUCCUUCACAAAGCAGUUAUUAACGUUUGGUAAGAAAAAAAACUUGUGCGAGCAUGUACACUGCUGCUCUCGUAACCAGCUGCUCCUUUUCAGUGUAUCAGUGAGCAACUCCUCUGCAGUAGUUGACAAGUGCCUUGCUCAAGUUUAUGUUAAGGAGAAGAGUUGAUGUCAUUUAUUUUUAACUGGUGUAAAAGUUUUUAAUUAGUCAGAUAUCUGUACUGCAAUAAGUCAGAUGAAUCUAAAUAAACAUAUUCCUAACAA